GCUCCGCCCUCCUCCAUGUGACACAUGAAGCAAUAGAAAUGGAGCUCAGUCAGUGAUUAGAAGUGAUCGCUGUGCAGUAGGGACUUGAUCCUCAGUGCAAAGAUGCGGGUGGCAGUGAUUGGAGCUGGAGUCAUCGGUCUGUCAACAGCCCAGAGCAUCUAUGAGCAGUAUCACUCCACAGUCAGCCCACUGACCAUUGAGGUGUAUGCAGACUGCUUCACCCCUCUGACCACCAGCGAUGGAGCCGCUGGCUUCUGGCAGCCGUACCUCUACGAUAAAGGCAACACCCAGGAAACAAAGUGGAAUAAAGAGACCUUUGACUACCUGCUAAAUUGGCUCAAGUCACCUGAGGCUGUAAAAAUGGGUAUAUUCCUCCAGUCAGGCUACAACCUCUGCACUGAUCCCCUUCCAGAGCCCUCAUUUAAGGACAUCGUCCUGGGCUUCAGACGGCUCACAGAGCGAGAGCUGCAAAUGUUUCCUGGAUACACGUAUGGCUGGUUCAACACAGCUCUCAUGGUGGAAGGUAAAACAUACUUACCAUGGCUGACCAACUGGUUGAAAGAAAGGGGUGUUAGAUUUUAUCACAGGAAAAUCAAGUCGUUUAAAGAGCUCUCUGAUGCUGGGGCGGAUGUGAUAAUAAACUGCACCGGGAUAAGAUCUGGGGAGCUGCAGCCGGACCCGGACCUUAAACCGGGCCGUGGCCAGAUAGUUAAGGUGGACGCCCCCUGGCUGAAGCACUGGAUCAUUACCCACAAUACUAAAGUUGGAGUGUACAAUUCACCAUAUAUCAUCCCAGGGAGCCGUCUUGUGACUGUAGGAGGGGUUUUCCAGCUGGGAAACUGGAGUGAGCAGAACAACUCCACUGACCACGAGAACAUCUGGGAAAAUGCAUGUCAGCUUGAGCCAAGUCUCAAGCAUGCCAGGAUAGUAGAGGACUGGGCCGGUCUCAGGCCUGUCCGAAGCAAAGUCCGCCUGGAGCGUGAGACCAUACGGUCUGGUGCCUCCGCAAUCGAGGUGAUUCACAACUACGGCCAUGGUGGUUAUGGUCUCACCAUUCACCGAGGCUGCGCUGAGGAGGCGGCGAGGCUCUUCGGUCAGAUCGUGGAACAGCAGGGCAGACGUCCAAAAGCUCGGCUGUAACCACGAGUCCAGCAGCAGCGAUCGGGGGGGGGGGGGACUCUUCCCUUUCCAAAAUUCAGCACCAGCACUCCCGCUGUCCUCAACAAAGCUAACGUCUAAAGCAAAGAUGUAUUCUGUAAAUGUUGUUGGAGCCCUAAUGACACCACUACAACAUGAGAUGCCUUUGAUUAAUAUGAAGUUUUGAGUGAUAUAAAAAAAAUAAAACAAUGAAAUUGUCAGUAUUUCAAUCUUAUUUAAGUUUAGUUUGUAGUAGAUGCAUUGGUUACAGAUUAUGAAAUUGCCUUAAUUUUAUAAAUAAAUAAUAAAACUACUC